AUGUGUUUAAGUCAAAUAUUGAUACGGUACAAACCACAACACAUAAAACGGCCGUUUUCACGGCCACCAAAUACUACACUAUGGCAAAGUAAAGUAAUUUCAACAAUAACAAAAAUUACAAAAAUGCCGAGUGAAAAUGACAUCGAUGAUACCGAACAGUCCAUAAGAUCGAUGUCACAUUCAUCCGUCAAACCAAAGACAACCACCAAUGAAGAUAGCGCUCGGAACGGUCAACGCGUAUAUAUACGGGUACAUUUUACCGACCGAGCAACAGUACUCUUUCAACCUUCAAAACAUCAAGACUUCAGAAACCAACACACUCUGCCGUCUAUUGAAGGAUAA